AUUGUUUCGGAAACUGAAAAUUGCAGUUUUAAAUUCUCUUUGCGUUUUAACAGCGCACAAGAACAGUGUUAAUAGCAUAACCCAUACAGGGCUGUUAUUAACAUCUGGCUGUUACAAAUGCUUAGCAAAACAGCUGUUACGCUUUUUUAGACAAAUUAACAUUUUUUAUUGAUUGCAAAAUGACUUUAAAAGUGCAUUAGGAAAUGUAUCAAAAUCCAUUAAAUAUUUUAAGUGACUGAACAUUAGGAAGAAACGUAUCAACGAACGUAGCAAUGAGCUAACAGGUUCUGUUAACGCAGUUUGGAUCGUGAACUAACGAACUGGUUCAUCUCUUAUCAGUAUCAGCUGUUUUACUCAACUACCCGCCCACCAACAUUCAAUUAACGCCUUAUUAGAGCUGCCCGCCGCUGCUGCUUGCCAAAUAAAAAUUCUCCGACUGUUCAGUAAUACAGCUCUUGCGGCAGCUGUAGACGGACUGUUACUGGAAGAACGUGCGUUCGCGGCAAGGUCGAGCAAGGUCAAACAGUGAAAGUUAAACAAAAUGGUAAAGCUGCUCAAAGCUGCAAACGUUGCCCUGGCCCUGCGUUUCACUCCAGUCGCUGGAACAGCAAGCAAUGCAACAUUACAAACACUGGACAAACAGCGACGCUGGCAGCACAGGUCGGCUGCGGGCAGCGGCAGCGGCAGCGGCAAACGACAAUAUGAUCUUGUUGUCGUGGGCGGUGGCAUAGUGGGCGCGGCGUCGGCUCGUGAGAUCCUGCUGCGCCAUCCCGCGCUCAAGGUGGCCAUUCUGGAGAAGGAGCCCAGGCUGGCGAUGCACCAGAGCGGCCACAACUCGGGCGUCAUCCAUGCGGGCAUCUACUACAAGCCAGGCACACUGAAGGCUCGCCUUUGCGUGGAGGGACUGCAUCUGGCGUACAAGUAUCUCGACGAGCAUCAGAUUCCGUACAAGAAGUGCGGCAAGUUGAUCGUGGCCACGGAUGCCAAGGAGGUGAAGCUGCUGGAGGAUUUGCAUCAGCGCGGCAUCAAGAACAAUGUGCCCGAUCUGCGCAUGAUUGACGGAGAUCAGAUCAAGGAGAUCGAACCUUAUUGCCAGGGCGUCAAGGCGCUGCACAGCCCGCACACGGGCAUCGUGGACUGGGGCCUGGUCACCCAGCACUAUGGCGAGGAUUUCAAGUGCGCCGGCGGCGACAUCUAUCUGGACUUCAAGGUCAGCAAGUUCAGCGAAACGCCAGAGGGCACUGACUACCCGGUGACCAUACACGGCGCCAAGCCUGGCCAGACGGUGAGCACCAAGAAUGUGCUCACCUGCGGCGGCCUCCAGUCGGAUCUGCUGGCCGAGCUGACCGGCUGUCCACGCUCGCCGCGCAUUGUGCCCUUCCGCGGCGAAUAUCUGCUGCUCUCGAAGCAGAAACAGCACAUGGUGCGUGGCAAUAUCUAUCCGGUGCCAGAUCCGCGCUUUCCCUUCCUCGGCGUGCACUUUACGCCGCGCAUGGACGGCAGCAUCUGGCUGGGACCCAACGCGGUGCUGGCGCUCAAGCGCGAGGGCUACACCUGGGGCGACAUCAAUCUGUUCGAGCUAUUCGAUGCGCUGCGCUAUCCGGGCUUCCUGAAGAUGGCCAGCAAGUACAUUGGCUUCGGCUUCAGCGAGAUGGCCAAGUCGGCGUUCAUCAAUCUGCAGGUGAAAGCGCUGCAAAAGUAUAUCCCGGACAUAAACGAAUAUGAUAUUGAGCGUGGACCGGCGGGUGUGCGCGCCCAGGCGCUGGAUUUGCAGGGUAAUCUGGUCGAUGACUUCGUCUUUGAUCGCGGCGAGGGCAGCGGACCGCUGGCCAAACGUGUGCUCCAUUGCCGCAAUGCACCGUCGCCGGGCGCGACGAGCAGCCUGGCCAUUGCCAAGAUGAUCGCGGACAAGAUCGAGACGGAGUUCGCCAUUGGCAAGGCCAAAUAGUAGUUGCCAGAUCCCAAGCGAAAUCCGUUCUUUUGUUGUGCAUUUCUUUUAUUCUUUUAAGCAUAAAUCGUUUCCACUUUUCGAUAAA